CUCGACCCUACCGCCGUGACGCUCCUAGGCGAUCCGUUUGAAUUCGUUCCCGUCAUUCGAGAUAUCUUAAGGACUCGAUUCUGCGUGGCUGGGUCUGUUUUUCUCGUCGAAGGCCUCGAUUGCGUCGCGGUGUCACGCUCUGGAAGAUGGCAGGCGGUGCGGUUGUUACUGGGUGAUGGAGUGUUGUGCAUCCAAGCCCUUCUCCCGGGAAACAUGCACCGAUUUGUUGAAAUGGGUGACCUUUUCGUGGGGUCCUACAUACGAUGCGACAGCCUGUACGCCAAGUGGGAGGAGUCCGAUGGUGGCGUCAUGGUGUAUCUGGUCAUUGAGGACAUCGUCCCCGUCGGUUGGAACGAUUCGUACCGUUCUAUCCAACGGCCGACCGUUCACCCAGUGAUUCAGCCAUUCCCCGGGUUUUUCGAUGCAACCCAGGGCUCGGACGCAGCCGAAGAAGCUUUUGAAGAGUUCGAAACGUUGGCAUAUCCGAAAAAGACAAAACCAAACAUCCCAAAAGCUCAACCUAUCGCUCUCGCCCGCGACUGGCACGACCCCCAGACGCCUCUAAAACUCACCACGCUACGAUCAAUCCCUCAUCUGCCCUACGCCCAGAACUGGUCUUGCAAUAUUCUCGCUAUUGUGGCGUCGCUAUCUCCGGUGGAGGCGUCCAACCUCCCCCCGCAUCGACAACGCACGGCACGACUCACCGACCCGUCAACGUCCAAGCAGGUGCAUCUGACCGUCUUUCUCGAUCCCGAAGGGUUCUCGCCCGAAGUUGGAAGCGCCGUAUUGCUUGUGGGCGUAAAAAAUCAUCGCUUCGACGGUGGGAGUCUGAAAAAGUACGCAAGCGACCGUGGGCCAUGGUGGUUUCAAAACCCGACAGAGCUGGGUUGGUGUGAUGUCGCCGGCAUCAAGACAUGGUGGACAGAUAUGGCA